GUGUUACCCUCUCGAGUGAACGUUGGGGAAUAAAAUGCAAUCCUCGUGUGACAUUUGCCUAGUUCAUUUCGGGGCUGCCUACAUGCUAGCUACCCUGUUUUCUUCUGAGUUAAAUUCCCAACUAAGUUCGAUAGUUAAGGCGUCAUCAUGGAUGUGGACGCAUCUUUUGAGAUCCUUGGCGGCUUCGGCGGGCUGCAAACUCUGAACUUCCUGAUCUUCAUGCUCUGUGGCAAUAUCUCGUCCUGGCACCUGAUGGGAGUGGUUUUCACCACGUCCAUGCCGGAUGAGUACCGGUGCAGCCUGCCUCCCAACGGUACGAGCUUAAGGGAUGGAGAGGGCUACAUCCCAGAGCAGUGCCAGCUGAUUUACGAAGAUGAAGCAGGAGGCGAGAAUGAGACGAUGUCCUGCGUGUACGGCUGGGACUAUUACUCUGCGCAUGGCGAAACUAGUGUGGUAGACGAUCUGGAUCUAGUCUGUGAUCGCGCCAUCUUGGUUGGUACCGUGACCUCCAUCUACUUUGGCGGGAUUCUCGCUGGCGCCUACGUCGCAGGCCAAUUAUCGGAUAUUUAUGGCAGACGCUUGGUUGUCUUUGGUUCGCUUAUUGGUCUCGUGGCAACGGGUGUCGGCCUGAGUUUCAUGUGGAACUUUGCAGGGAUGCUUGCUCUGCGGUUUAUUCACGGAUUUUUCCUUCCAGGUACUAUGUUUUUGGUGUACAUCCGUUUGAUUGAGAUGCUCACACCACGUAAUCGUUUGACUGGUCAACUCGUGUUUGACAUGAUGUGGGUGGUUAGCAUCGCCCUCCUGGCACCGCUGGCAUACGCCCUGCCGAACUGGAGGCACCUGCAGCUGGCCAUAUCCCUGUGCCAAGUUCCCGUAAUAUUUCUCAUUUGGUUUUCGUAUGAAUCCAUCCGAUGGUUGGUCCAGAGGGGAAGGGUGGAGGAAGCUGAGAAGAUCCUCCAGAGGAUCGCCAAGUCCAAGAACAUCUCUCACCCCGGCUACUUCCUCCUGGCCCAGCAAGACCCGGACCUGCAGAAUGGUAACCGGCUGGAAAAAAUCAAGGAGAACUCGAUCGAACUGGAAACCAAGACCACCCUUGAAAAGGAUCAGGAGCUGGUUAAUCCUCAACAGGAGAAGAGUAACCUGGACAAUUCAAAUCAACGACCACCAGCCUCUGUGAAGAAAAGAGCCACCAUCAUUGAUUUGUUCAAGACACGUACUCUGACCAUACGGGCGCUGAUCGUCUUCUACUGGUGGUUUGCCUGCAACGUGGUAUACUAUGGCUUCUUCAUCAACGCCGCCAAUCUUGUCGGGAACAAGUAUCUGAACUUCUUUCUAAUAUCUGUGACGGAGGCUCCUGCGUACAUUGUCAACUACUUAAUGAUGAAAAGAUUUGGUCGCCGUCGGCCACUCAUCUUUGUCUGUGUCAUAAGCGGGGUGACCUGUGUGAUAACUGGAUUGGUACCAAGUGAAACAGCUAGCGGGACUGACCUAACAGUAGUCAUCCUAGUUUUCGCGAUGUUGGGUAAACUCUUCUCAACGGCGGCUUUCGACAUCAUUUUUCUGAUGUCAGCUGAGGUGUUUCCCACUGUUUUGAGGAGUGCUGCGUUUGGUGCUUCGGCGAUGGUAGGGAAGGUUGGAGGUAUGGUGGCACCCUUUAUCGUCUACCUGAAUGUGAUCCACAAUUCCAUCCCAAUGAUCGUGUUCGGCGUGCUGUCUCUACUGGCCGGGCUGCUUGUCCUUCCUCUGCCUGAGACCAGCGACCGAACCCUGCCGGAGACGCUGGAUGACGGGGUCAAACUCACCAGCAAAGCCGGCCCACGGGAUGAGAAGUCGCCCGCUGACGUCUAGACAAUUCCGACCUUACCUCUGCUGGACGCAAUGUGAGAAGCUUGCGGACACACUGUAAAGUAACUUACUCUUUUAAAAAGAAAAGAGUGGCUCUGAGAGCAAACGAAGGUAUUGCAUUUUGAACAAAAUCAAUGAGGCAUAUAAAUUACACCGAGAUAUGAUCAUGAAAAUCUUGUAAUAACAUCAACAAUCCGACUUUCUGUACGCAACGUGAUGUUAAAUUUUAAUCUCUAAUGAGAUCUACGGAAUAUUGUGGCCGAUAUUUUCAUCUAAACACAUCUGGUUCUUCCGUCGCAGAACCCGAACUAGAAUAAGUCGAUUCACUGUUGCAUUCCGCAAACGUCCCUGAUGUUGUAAACUCUUAUUAAUGCAAAGUCGCGUUUAUCCUGUGACACUUGUCAAGUUGUGUGAUCACAACGGUUCGACAUUUAACCAUAAUAUUUAAGUGUUGUUAUGUGGAGUAUGGUGUUAUUAAAACCCGAGGAACGCAAAGCACGAUUACAAACAAAGCCGAUGGUGCUUUGCGGCCGGGUGGGGUUGUUACAAACGCUAUAUCCCACAUCUCAACGAUUGUUGUGUUAUAUCGUACAAAUAAGUACAAAAAGAUAAGGCUUGUAAAUUACUAUGCAAAUAUACAUUUAAAUAGUUGCAAUGUAACCUUGGAUACCUGCAAGCUCUCCUGCCAGAUAUGAGCUUGAGCGGUUGCAGUUCUUGCCUUUUAUAUAGGCGACUAUAGAGAGUGAAAGAUAAUUUAGAAAAUGCAACGCAGUGUACACGUACGUAUGAGGUACCUUAUAUUCAACGCCGUGUAUAUAAGCUAGUUUAUAUGCAACUCAAUGUAUAUUAGGUUAUUUAUAUGCAACGCAGGGUACAAGAAAUAAAACGUUAUUUUUAAAGACACGUUACCAUUCUAGAUCAAGGAAAUGACAAUAUCAAAGUUACAUGUGUAUACUAUUUUUAGUAAUAUGUUGAAAUGGAAUGCAUUUUGUAGUAGAAAUGAAGACAGGAUAAGGCUUGCAAAUCAGAUUAAGGAGAUUACUGCUAUGAGAGACAGCCAUACAAGGGAAUUCUUAUGUAGGGCCGAAGGUAAUGAUUUUUUUCGAGAGUUUUUGUGUACUGUUUAAAUGUACAUUUUGGUAUUCGUGCAUUUUUGUUUUUGUGUAAUUUGUAUAUGUGUAUACAAUUUGUAAUCCUUGUUUGUGUGUGCAUUUUAUGCGAAUAAAGAA